GUGAAACUUGGCUGCGAGGCACCGAACUCCAAGGUGGUGAAGGUUCCUGAUGCACCAUGGUGGAACAUCAGUAACAUGACCAACGUCCCACGAGGCGCCCGGAUCCGAACCGAGGACGAAUGCCGCCUUCUGGAUUUUGAGUCGACGGAUCGCCCUCUGGUGGUCAACUUCGGCUCGGCCACCUGACCCCCCUUCGUCAGCCACCUGCCUGCUUUCCGGCAACUCGUGGAGGACUUCAGUGACGUGGCGGAUUUUCUGCUGGUCUACAUCGACGAGGCCCACCCUUCUGACGGCUGGGUGGCCCCCCCGAUGGGGCCCUGCUCCUUCAGUUUCCGCAAGCACCAGAACCUGGAGGAGAGGAUGGGAGCCGCUCGCAGACUCAUCGAGGAGUUCUCCCUGCCGCCGCAGUGCCAGCUGGUGGCCGACUGCAUGGACAACAAUGCCAACGUGGCUUACGGCGUGUCCAACGAACGGGUGUGUAUCGUGCACCAAAGAAAAAUCGCCUACCUGGGGGGGAAGGGACCGUUUUUUUACAACCUGAAGAAUGUGCGGCAGUGGCUGGAGCAGAGCUACGGCAGGCGGCAGGAGUCGUGAAGGACGAGACAGACGAGGACGUGCUCCUUUUGUUAAUGACUGGAAACAAGCAAACGCUAAAAAGGUUUCUCAUUAUCAUUCAUACAAUUAAACUCUAAAGAAUUACCCUCUGGAACAAAAGCAA